AUGGUGCCAAGCAAGGGCCUCUGCCGGCCCCAUCUGGAAAUGGAGGGCGACUUCACCACUCAACAGCGGCGGACCCCGACCGCUGCCCAGGUGCCAGGGCAGGCGGGCUCCAGCUGCAGCAAGGCACUCUUUGGGAAGCCCCUGGCAGCCCUCUGUGGGGAGGACGGAACGCUGCCCCAGCCCAUCCAGGAGCUGCUGGCUGCCCUGCAGCAGGAAGGGCCAUCGACGGAGGGGAUAUUCCGCAGAGGUGCCGCCAGGACAGAACUUCAGGAGCUGCGCGACGCCCUGGACCGUGGCACGGAGGUUGAGCUAGGAAGCCAGCCCGCACUGCUGCUGGCCAGCAUCUUGAAG